UUUUAUAUUGUUUGGAAAAAAAGCAGGAAGCGAAUGUUGCUUCUUUCCUGUCAUGUCACUGUAGGUAUGUCACAAUAAGACCCUUUAUAAGAAGCACAAGCAACGUUUGAGAGCGAAAGUGAUCUGUGACACUGAAUUACUAAGAAAUGGCGUGGACAGUGACUCUCAGUAACCUGGUGUUAGGAGUCUAUGGAUUUACCCUCAUCACAGGUCUUCCUGCCAACCUCCUGGCUUUUUACACCUUCUUCCAGAAGAUUCGCCAGAGGUCCACCCCUAUAGAUAUCUUCCUGCUCAGCUUAACUAUUUCAGACCUGAUCUUCCUCUUUUUUCUGCCGUUUCGCAUGGUCGAAGCCGCAAACAUGCAGUGGACGCUGCCGUACUUUCUCUGUCCGUUGACGGGUUUUGUCUUCUACUCCACCAUCUACAACAGCACCUUUCAUCUGACGGCCAUCAGCGUCGAGCGCUACCUUGGUGUGGCCUUCCCCAUAAAAUACAAGUUAAAACGCCAUCCCAGAAAUGCAGUGAUAGCUGUCGUUUUUUUCUGGUUGUUUUCCUUUGCGCACUGCAGUAUCGUCUACAUCAUGCAAUACCACCAUCAUUCAAACCCGAACAUCACCGACCCAUCCAAGAGGAAUACGUGCUACGAGGAAUUCAGCACGGAACAGCUAAAAAUCCUCCUGCCGGUUCGUCUGGAGCUUUUCAUCGUGCUCUUCUUUGCGCCGUUUCUCAUCUGCUGCUUCUGCUACAUCAAGUUCAUCCACAUCCUCUCCAAUCUACCCAACAUCAAUGCCAAGAAGAGGAUGAGAGCCAUCGGGAUGGCUUUGGGAACGCUGGUGGUCUUCAUUAUCUGUUUCAUGCCUUACAAUGUAUCUCAUGUGGUGGGGUUUGUGGGCGGUUAUAGCCCAGAGUGGCGAGUGCAAGCUUUGCUCACCAGCACGUUUAACGCGUGUCUCGACCCGUUCAUAUUCUACUUCUCUUCUUCUGCACUCAGAGGGACGUUUAAGAAAAUCUUGCGAGAGCUGACCAGGCGGCUGCCGUUACCCUGCUGCCAUUCGCCUCUCUACUGCCCCCUACUGAACUGUGUGAGUACAGAUGAGAGAACUCAGAGCUCUACUGACAGCUCUCCAUAACAUCACAAGCUAAAUACAUUUGGGGAUUUUUGCGUAAAGUUUGCAUUAACUGGCCUGAAUGUGAAGAGGAGGGUAAAUACACUGUUCAAUGCUUCAAAGGAUUAUUUUUUGGACUGAAUUGUAGGGUGCUGAUGCUGAAUGCAAUCCUGAUACAGAUCUGGAUGAUAUUAAGCCUGUAUUACUAUUAUUAAUGAAUAAAAUCGGUCUGCAAAUUAUAUGUUUAUCCCAACCGACAGAUGACUACGGACCAGAUCCGUGCCACAUCUCAUCGGAAGUGUUUCUGAAUAAUUGUAAUUAUUUUUAAGGUUUUUUUAAAUGAUACAUUAAUGUUUACUUUUCCAAACAUAUUUUCUGUGAUCUGUGGUUAUCAGCAAAGAAGCAAGUGGUUUAAGCUUUCAUUUGUUAGUUUUAUCUGUGAGGCUUUACAAUAAUUUACUGAUUUAUCUAAGGUAUAUAUUUUCAAAGUGUUCAUUAUAGUAUUAUAUUGUAUAUUAUUAUUAUUUUGUAGGGCAUUGUUUUUGCGUAUGUUUUUGUCAGGUGAUAUUUUUGGUGAAUUUGCUUCGUCGAGCAAAUGGUAAAACACGCAGGCCGUGUACUUCCAAUCUUUUUUCCUGAUAUGUCCUUUUCACAUUGAAUGUGAAGUAUUUCUGCCAUGGUCUAAAUAUUUUGCACUAUAUAUUUUUUUAAGUAUAUUUUUUUGUUUUGUUCUUUUGUGUCUUCAAUGAUUGGAAAUCUAUUAUUUUACUUGGGAUUUAUAUUUUUUAAGAAAUGAACUGUUUUAUUAUUAAUUGUGUUCGUUUUACAUGUAAAUAUAUACAUUAUAUUUUCAUAUUCAUCAUAACAGCAUUUAUGUACAGAAAACGUUUGAUAUUAAAAACUUAAUGGUU